GAACUGUGACACAUGACGAGUUGAGCGCCCUGAAGGCUGCGCACGAGACAGUCGUUGAGCUGCAAACGCGCACCGCGGAGUCCCAGGAGCGGCGGCAGACUUCGGGAAACCGACGGAUCUACAAACCAUUUACGUUUCCCUUCUGUCUCCGGGAUCUUUACGCGCAACUUUUACGCACAGCCGAGGCGCUGCCAAAGAGCGCGGAUCUGGAUCUUUCCUGAAACGCGGGGCACAUCUCUACUCCCACAGGUGUGAUGGUGAGGAUGGUGAUGAUGAGUGCGCGGAUGAAAACGAUCUACUGAACGCAAACGGCUGAAGAUGGAAACCUGUCUGGACCAGCGAGCCGCGCUGCGUAAAAAAAUGCGCUCUCAGAGGAGGAUUUGGAUGCUUUUACAGAUAGUCCUUGCAACUAUCACAGCAGUAUCCACCCAAGAUUUGAGCAGCAAAGAAAUGACGGACAGCCGGAGUCCUGUGCCUUUACCCGUCUUCCUGCCGGUCAGCUAUGAGGUACAAGAUGCUGACUACCUCUUCCUUAAGGAGGCCGGACAGGACUUCAUGAGGAAUUCCAGCAUGCAGAGUCACACGCAGCCCUUUGUUAUUUUAAGAGCCAGCCGGCAGCCAGCUGUCAGUGCCAGCUAUGGAGCUAUGUACACAGAGAGGCUUGUGCCUCUGGAUCUGGUCCAGUCUGUGCAGCUCUUCAAUGCCCCGGGCGUCUUCACAUUCAACUGGAAGAUCCAGGCCUUUGUGCUGACGCCUCGGGUUUUCUCUUCCAAACCUAACGUUCGGGUUCUCUUCUAUGUAGCAGGGAGGGACUGGAGCAAGGGUGAGAGCGCCGAGGAUGAGCUACCGUGUGUGACAGUUUACGCUUUCUGGCAAACGCAGGAAGUGAGGGGCUCCUGCGCCGUUGGAGGUGAGAGGGGAACCUGUAUGGCCGAGCUGGUUCCCGUGCCUGGCUGGUUUGCUCUUGGGUCAGAGGGCACCAGCAGGGAGAGGCAGGAUCCUUCAGCUGGGAACUCAGUGGAGCUGUACUACCAGGCUCAGCCCAGAGUCAAUGGGAAGUGUAAUACUGGGAAUGGAAGUCGUUGGAGCAGCUCCCAGCAGCAGACUGAGAACAUUCCCGUUACUCCUAUGCAGAGGAUUGGAAGUGUGAAUCUUCUGCAGGUUCCCAAGGGAAUGGCAACCCUUUCCAGGCUCAAACUUGGAAACGCCAUCGUGAUACGGACAUCCUCCAAACCUCUGAAGAAGACUGACAUUGCCACUUUCUACAUUCUGAUGGCCAGCUCUGCUCAGCUGACCAACUUCACCCUCAGAGCAUCGGUAAAGAAAGGCGUGACCUUUCGAACAGCAACUCCCAGUAACUCUCUCCUGUGGGACAUCACUCUGGAUUUGGGUGCAGAUGGAGCCAUCGCUGCUAUUUGUCAAAGGAAAGCUCCCAUACCAGGAAAAAGGCUUGAAAGCAGCCUGCUGGAGGUACUUCAGAUGGACUUUGAGGUGGAGGAGCUGAGCAGCCCUGUUGACAGCCAGGUGAUCAUAUGGAAGCUGGAGCUACCAUCUGUGCCCAAAAGUGUAGCCAAGACCGAAGGAGCCAUGAGGAUUUAUACAACCCAGAGAGACUUUGUUGGCCUGGCUCCUCUUGUAAUGGACACAGAGAUCCUGAACACGGCUGUGCUGACUGGAAAGAAAGUGGUGAUGUCUGUGAGGACAGUGGCAGUGGAGGAAGAUGGGCUCGUCACAGACGUCUCUGACUACACCGACUGCAGCUCCACUGAUGAAGAUGUCCUGAAGGUGUCAGACAGAUGUGACUAUGUUUUUCUAAAUGGCAAAGAGACCAAAGGCAAAGUGAAGAUGAUAGUAAACUUCACCUACAGCUACCUGAGCGCCCAGCUUGAGCUGAAUGUGUGGAUGCCUCGGCUCCCUCUGCAGAUUGAGCUGUCAGACACAGAGCUGGGCCAGAUCAAGAGCUGGCGGGUACCGAUCCUGACCUCAAAAAGACCUGACUGGAACAGCGAUGAGGCCGAACGGAAGGGGAAAGGCUGCAUGCUGCAGCUUCAGCACGCUCUUGUGAGGGUGCUGACUUACUUUGUGGCAGAACAGGAGGACCCACGAGAUCCUACAGCCUAUUUUUUAGGCUCGGACUGGCAAGUGGAUGUCACAAGGUUGGUUCGGUACUUUAUGAAGGUGGAGGACCCUCGUGUUGCAAGGUUACAGGAAGGAAGGGUGCUGUCAGGACGAGAUUUUGGGACGACAACUAUCCAGGUGUUUUCACCACUGUCUGACGUCAUCUUGGCUAAGACAACUGUCAAAGUUGUGGACGACAAAGUGAGCAUCACAGAGUUGGGGGUCCAGCUGGUCACAGGCCUCUCCAUGACCUUACAACGUAGUCCAGGAAGCAAUAAGGCCAUUGUGGCGACAACAACAACACAAGAAGUGCUUCAUAGUCCCAAACAGGAAGCUUUAGUCAGUUCCUGGCUACAGUUCAGUGAUGGCAACCAGACACCACUUGACAUUUAUGAUCCGGCCUUCUACCGAGUGACAGUGACAUCUCUUGAUCAAGGCGUGGUGUCAGUGAGGGGUAAACCUGCGGUUGUGGUGGCAGAGGGGGAGGGUGAAGGUGUUCUGGUUAGAGUAGAGAUGUCCAUCUGUGAGACCUGCCAGAAGUCUAAACGCAAAAGUAUUGUGGCUGUGGGCAAUGGUAGCCUUAAGGUGAAGUUCCAGACAAAUACCCGUCGGCUAGGAGGCAACACCCACAGCCUUGACCGAACCUCAGUUGGCAAAAGCAAUGACUACGGUAACGAUGGGGAAGAGGUGGACAGUGAGAGGAAGCAGGGGAAGCCAUUUCAGUUUCUUCCCACAAGCAAUUCAAACUCUAAUAAAGAGAGUGCUGUUCGGAAGAUCUCCACCACCAUCAAAUCUACAGAAAGAAGCUUCAUAACCAGUGGCAGCCUUGGAGGGGUUGGCAAGACCAGUAGCUUACAAAAUGCAGACAGUCCAACUAGUAUGGUUAAUGCCAGCCUCAAAAGCAGCAAAGCAUAUGGCAAAGACAAUGUAAUAGUGGAGGACAUGAGGAGCGUUAGCUUUGCUAGCACAGUGAAAGCUCCAAGAAAUCUGGUUAAUUACAACAACUUCUCGAGCAAGGUGGAGUUUCCUGGGCAAGGGAUGGCAGAGGUAGAAAUUGGCAGUGAAGAAGCAUUGGCCAACAGGCCUCUCACAGACUUAGAGAUUGGCAUGUACGCUUUGUUGGGUGUCUUUUGCCUGGCCAUCCUGGUGUUCCUAGUAAACUGUAUCUCAUAUGUCGUUAAAUUCAGGCAGAAGAAGCCUUCCUCUCAUAGCCAAGAACCAACAGGGCACAGGCACGACUGGGUAUGGCUCGGCACAGAUGCCGAGCUGGUGAUGACUGUGCCAUGCAGCCCGGUCCAUCAAGACUCCCAGAAAACCACUGUGAUAGACAUCGGGCCUGACAAGACAGCCUCUCUGUCCAGGAGGCCCAGUUGCUUGGCCUCUGUGACAGAUUCCCCCCUCAGCUGUUCAGGCUCUCACAGAAACAAACCCAUACAAAAUGAGUCCAUUCACUCACCCACCAGCAAAAGAAAGAGAGUUCAGUUCACUACAUUUUCGACACUAGAGCGCCAGCAUUCGCCACACCUUCUACCCAAGGAAAAUGGCCAUGGCAUCCACUGGGUUGGAAAGAAGGACAGUUGUGAGGAGGAGCCUCAAGUGCCCAUCAUAAAACCUGGGGACCAGUUAUAAAACAGAACACAAACACCUCGUAUAUAGUGGAUGUGGCUUCGAUCACCUCAAUGCCUUUGUUAAGAAUAUGUGAUUUUGUAAUAAGCCCUCCCUACAUUUCAAUGCCUGUUAAGACCUUUUACCACGGAGGGCCAAAAGUGCCACUUUUAAUGAUGUGGCGUAACAUAACUACUUAUAUAUGCCAAUGACAGUUUUGAAAUUUGCUUUAAACUGAAACACAUGAAAUCAUCUCUUUGGCUUACCCAAAACUAAAGAAUCACUGUUGUGUUAGUGUAAACUUUGCAUCAAUCCUUGUUCUGGGAUUGAUUUGUCUUGACUUGUGCCAGUCAAAUGGGCAUGUUUUUUCGAUGUGCCACAUAACAGUUGAAAUGAUUUCAUGAUGCACUGCAUGAACCACAAAUAAUAAUCAAGUUAAUAAAAUAAUGAUUUUACUUUUAAUUAAUUGAUAUUCUCAUUAAAAUGACUAUGUGAUAAUUUUUAACAAUAAUAUAAGCUCAUUUAAAUCUAAAGAAUACAUUUCAUUUUCAAGUGAAGCCACUGGUAUGGCGGAUUGUUUUACAUUGUGGCAUUUUCGGCCCUCCAUACUUUAUAUGUACAUGUACUGUAAACUGUAUAUACUUAAAAUCAGAAAGUGUAAGAUAAUGUUUCACAAGCUUGACCAGAUGUACAGUUAUUUACAAAAUAUUUUAAACCACAAAACGUUAUUGCUGCAUGUGAAUAUGAACUUCUGUACAUUUUGCACUCACAUACUGGUAUGUGCACAUACGAAAGACUCUAAUAGCCUUUUAAAUUAAUUAAAGGCCUAAUCUACCAGUUAAAAUAUGGAACUCAGCUUGUAGAUUUUAUUUAUUUUCUGUAAAAGUCAAAAUUGUAUUAAAUAAAUUGACUAUUUACUAAAACAUUUUGAUCUAAAACAAUUUUAUUUUAGUGGGGAGAUGUAAAAGAGGCGCGGUAGAUGAAAACAGCAUGCAGCUUAACCAAUGACUUAUCUCUGUCUUUAAUUCACUUUCCCCCCUUGCCUGAGAGCGUUGCCAAAACAAACCUUUGUACAGUAAACUGAAAGGACCUUUUGCUCCUCUGCCCUUUAAACAAAUUAAAUUUUUGCUGGUUUCUUGAA